CUUUUCCAAGAUGGCGUCGAUGAGGGAGAGCGACACCGGCCUGUGGCUGCACAACAAACUGGGAUCGACGGACGAGCUGUGGACUCCUUCGAGCAUCGCCUCCCUACUCACCGUGUCGGUCAUUGAUAAUAUACGACUGUGUUUCUCUAGUCUUUCGCCUCCGGUGAAGCUGAAACUCUUGGUGGGGAUGCUGCACCUCCCGCGCAGGACCGUGGAUGAGAUGAAAGAGGCUCUGUCAGAGAUCAUUCAGUUGGCCACAGUGGACUCUGAGCCAUGGGUGUUAAUGGUGGCUGACAUCCUAAAAUCCUUUCCAGAUACAGGCUCGCUAAACCUGGACCUGGAGGAUCAGAACCCUAAUGUACAAGACAUACUUGGAGAGCUGCGUGAGAAAGUGAAUGAAUGUGAAGCGUCUGCCAUGUUGCCUCUGGAGUGUCAGUAUCUGAAUAAGAGUGCUUUGACUGCGCUGGUGGGGCCACUUACUCCACCCAUCAAGCAUUUCCAGCUGAAGAGGAAACCCAAGAGUGCUACACUCAGAGCUGAGCUUCUGCAGAAAUCCACAGAGACUGCCCAGCAGUUAAAGAAAACAGCAGGAGUCCCGUUUCACUCCAAAGGAAGAGGACUGGUGAAGAAGAUUGACACCACAACACCGCUAAAAGGCAUUCCUAAAGCACCAUUCCGUAGCCCAACAACCCCGAGCAUGUUCAGCCCCCCCAGCAACAGAACGCCUAUUGCCCCUGUCCGCACACCCCUGCGCAAGGAGAGGGGAGUCAAGCUGUUAGAUAUAUCUGAGUUGGAUAUGGUAGGAGCUGGCAGAGAAGCUAAGAGGAGAAGAAAGACUUUGGACAUAGAAGCUGGAGAGAAGGCCGCCAAAGAAGAGGCAGUGGUGGAAAAUGCAACACCAGACUAUGCAGCCGGAUUGGUGUCCACACAGAAACUGGGGGCGCUGAACAAUGAGAGCGCCCUGCCAUCAACCAGUUACCUUCCCGCCACUCCCAGCAUGGUUCCCUCCUCAUCCUAUAUUCCCAGCUCAGAGACACAGCCAGCCAAUGCAGGUGGUUCAGGGCGUGAAACUACAAACCGGCAGUCGGAGGAGUUGCCUGCUCCCAAUGCUGCUUCUGCUUCGUUACCCGGCCAGUUCAAGCAACGGCCGCCUAUGUAUAAUGCCAGCACUGCAAGUCCCACUGCCCCUACUUCACCCACCACGCCAACCAGCACACCCACCAAUAAUGCCCCGCCCCCUGCCGCUACAGCAACACAGCCAGACAUGCCCACACAGCCGCCCACCACUGCAGCCCAGCCCGCACCCACACCAGCGCCUCCACAAACCCAACCUAAAAAGAACCUGUCGCUCACGAGAGAACAGAUGUAUGCUGCACAGGAAAUGUUCAAGACUGCAAACAAAGUUACACGGCCAGAAAAAGCCCUUAUCCUGGGCUUCAUGGCAGGAUCACGAGAGAACCCCUGUCCAGAACAGGGCGACAUCAUUCAGAUCAAACUGAGUGAGCACACAGAAAUACUGCCUAAAGCGGAUGGAACGGGCAGCACAACCAUGCUGGUUGACACAGUGUUUGAGAUGAACUACUCUACUGGGCAAUGGACCCGGCUCAAGAAAUACAAACCCAUAACCAACGUCUCCUGAGGAGGACUGGGUUAACAAUAACACACAUGCACGAACACACUCGGCGUGUGAUUACAUAGACACAUAUGUAUACAUUCACACACCCCUCUUCGAUGUCAUGUACACACAUUAUGUACAUGCGCUAGAAUGUACAUAUAUUUACGGGCCAAAUUUGGAGGUAUCGGGAAUGUGUGGUAGUGACUCAAAGUGGGCAAAUUUUUGGAGAUUCAGACAGUUGCAAAGAACUUGCCAAGUCCCAAAGGCAUUGCCAAAGACAGGGACCCUCUUCUAAGACUUGUUUUCUUUAUCUUUUUGUUAACGUUUGUAUCGUCUCUCGUUUUUAUGCCCAAUUCAAAUUUCCGAGUGUUGGGGAAAUGUAAUGAAACCGAGGCAGGGCUUGUUAGUUGUCUUAACCUAGUUUUGACUGACACGUUAUUGCGAGAUCUUACAAGGGUACAAACAUGCUAUUACAGUGUCCCCCAAAUGAAACAAAAGCAUCUGUCGGUGUUUUCUCACUCAGAAUAUAAAAAAAUGUUUUCAAGUUCCUCCUUGACCAAUGGACAGAAAAAAGAAAUGAAAACAAUAAACAAACAAAAAAGUGCAAAACAGGUUAUUUUCUGUUUAAAACUGUUCAAGAACGUAAUUGUUUUUUUUUUUUGUUUGUUUGUUUUUUAAAGAGGAAAUAAAUGGAAACAUGUCCAGA